CUCGAUCCCAGGACCCCAGGAUCACGCCCUGAGCUGAAGGCAGACCCUCAACCUCUGGACACCCAGAUGCUCCCCCAAAGGCUGAACUUGAUGCAUGCUGAAGGCGGCAUCUGGGACCUGCGUGAGAGGAAGAGGAGGGCAGUCGGUGACCCACAGUGGUGACCCCAUCUUGGUCUCCUUGGCCAACAGGGCCAUUUCCUUCAACUGCAAAAUCACCUACUCAUACACCCCAGAAUUCAAGGACUUCACAGUCUGGUACUUUCACGUGGACCUCAAGAGCCAGAGGAGCCUCAACAAGCAGGUUAACUGCCCACCCACCCAGGGCAAGGAGAACCAGACAUACACCCUGCAAUGCCAGGUCACCCUCAAGCUGCCCAACGCAUCAGCCACGGGCACCUACUACUGCUGCGUGAACUGGCCAAACGUCCACAGAAUCAGCGACGGCGUCUUCAUUCUGGUCAGAGACACAGGGUACCGAGGACCUCCACAGAACCCCCAGAAGCUCCUGCUCCUUUGCUUCACUGGUCUCCUGACUGCGCUGAGCAUCCUGGUCACAGCUCUGCUGCUCUGGAAGAAGAGACAGAUGCAGUCUCCCGGGAAGCACCCCGCCCUGAAGGGCCCAGCCCCGAGCGCCGCCGCCCGCCAGGAGCAGCCUCCGGAGGAGUCCGUCUACACAGUCCUAGAGCAUAGAGACACUGAAGUGUACUCGUGCAUCCAGAACGAGGCCAGGAGCCUGCCCCCCACCCAGAGCCUUCUCUCCCAGAAAAAAAUGAAUAGAUUUUUGGAUGACAGUGAAUUUAACCUCGUCUAUGAAAACCUCUAGGACGAGCUCCACUGGCCCCUAAGUCUGGCCCUGGAUCAGCGGCCCCACGGGGCCUCCCUCCAAGGACUGGCCCGCCAACCCAGGAGCAAGGCCCCAUCACCUCGCCCCCGCAUCCAUGGUGCUCCCGGCCCCCCAUUCUGUGCGCCAGGCCUACCCACUGAGCACCUCGCAUCUGGCCUCUGCCCGGACUCUUCCUCCGUCUGCCAGGCCUAGCUCAGCCUUCACAGGUCUCUAGGACACCGCCCCUUCCCAGGCCCUCCUCACCUUCUCAGGAUCCAUGGGCUCUCUUGGCACCAGCCUGCACCCCAGAUGGAGCUCCUCAGGAGGCUCCCGGCAAGGCACCCUGGUCAGUGCUGUGAGCACGAGCACCAGCAGGGACAAACAAGGGACCAACCAUGCAAAUGCCCCCUGCCCAGCCAGGCCAGAUGCGCAAGGCAGCCAUGCAAGGUGGA